UCAACAGCUGGCACACACCCCCUCUUACCAAGGGUACUUCCCCAGCCUUCCCAGGGAGCCAACGAGUGCCUCCAGGCUCCCUGCUUGAUGCCACUCUCUGUACCUGCUUUGAGGGUCUAAAUGCAAGAGAGCCGUGUGUCGUGUAUUGGAUAACUAGCGAUGGAAGAAAAAACCUCUAGGAGAACAGCUAUGAAAGCUGCUGAGAUCUGCCUGCAUCACCUUUGCCUCCCCACCCCACACAGGAUAUAAGCACAUGAUCUUCGGUCUUUUAUUUGCAUACUCUACUAGUCCUGUCUUCAUUGGAGGGAAGUGACUGGCCAGACAUGGGCUGUCUUGCUGGCUGUCUUCCUUGCUGGGCUCCAACUUAUCUCUUAUGUACACAGCCCUUGGAGUUCAGAGGCCUCUGCUGACCUCUGUCCAACCUCUCCUCUGCACCCAAGCCCCCACUGGUACAUACAGGAGCAGAGGCAGACAAGUCAGGCAAUGACUAGGAGACAGGAGAGGGGCUGGAGACAGGCUGCUAGAGAGCUCAGAACCCCAGCACACCUCCUUGUCCCAACUCUGUCCACCACCUGCUGUGACCACAGCAACAGAAGAGACAGCUAAUAAGACAAAGUGAGGCCCGGUACCUUGAGGACAGUGGUGUCAUUAGCUGCGACGCCUAGGAUGUCUCGAGAGAUGGGAGAACUCACCCAAACCAGAUUGCAGAAGAUCUGGAUUCCACACAACGGUGGCAACAGCAGGCUGCAACGCAGGAGGGGCUCAUCCAUACCCCAGUUUACAAAUUCCCCCACGAUGGUGAUAAUGGUGGGUUUACCAGCUCGAGGAAAGACCUACAUCUCCACGAAGCUCACACGAUAUCUCAACUGGAUAGGAACACCAACUAAAGGGCUCCUGCUUUCAGUGUUUAAUUUAGGCCAGUAUCGACGAGAGGCAGUGAGCUACAAGAACUACGAAUUCUUUCUCCCAGACAACAUGGAGGCCCUACUUAUCAGGAAGCAAUGUGCCAUAGCAGCCCUGAAAGAUGUCCAUAACUAUCUCAGCUGUGAGGAAGGUCAUGUUGCGGUUUUUGAUGCCACCAACACUACCAGAGAACGACGGUCACUGAUUCUGCAGUUUGCUAAAGAACAUGGUUACAAGGUCUUUUUCAUCGAGUCCAUUUGUAAUGACCCUGACGUCAUUGCAGAAAACAUCAGGCAAGUGAAACUUGGCAGCCCUGAUUACAUAGACUGUGACCAUGAAAAGGUUCUGGAAGACUUUCUAAAGAGAAUUGAGUGCUAUGAGGUCAACUACCAACCCUUGGAUGAUGAACUAGACAGCCACCUGUCCUACAUCAAGAUCUUCGACGUGGGCACACGCUACAUGGUGAACCGACUGCAGGACCACAUCCAGAGCCGCACAGUCUACUAUCUCAUGAACAUCCACGUCACACCCCGCUCCAUCUACCUAUGCCGGCACGGUGAGAGUGAACUCAACCUCAGAGGCCGCAUCGGAGGUGACUCUGGCCUCUCAGCUCGGGGCAAGCAGUAUGCCUAUGCCCUGGCCAACUUCAUUCAGUCCCAGGGCAUCAGCUCCCUGAAGGUGUGGACCAGCCACAUGAAGAGGACUAUCCAGACAGCUGAAGCCCUGGGUGUUCCUUAUGAGCAGUGGAAGGCCCUGAAUGAGAUUGAUGCGGGUGUCUGUGAGGAGAUGACCUACGAAGAAAUCCAAGAGCACUACCCUGAAGAAUUUGCACUACGAGACCAAGAUAAAUAUCGCUACCGCUAUCCCAAGGGAGAGUCCUAUGAGGAUCUGGUCCAGCGUCUGGAGCCAGUUAUAAUGGAGCUAGAACGGCAGGAAAAUGUAUUGGUGAUCUGCCACCAGGCUGUCAUGCGGUGCCUCCUGGCCUACUUCCUGGACAAGAGCUCAGAGUAUCUACACUGACUACAAAUACUGAAAUGCAAACUAAGGCAGCUGGCCUGGCAAGAGACUGUUGUGUCACCUUCAGGUGGGAGAGUCCAUUUCUGACAUGAAUGCUGAAGCAUUGACAUCUCCAGGAUACUGGAGGGAGGGAGUGUGAGGACAAUGCAAAGUCAUAUUUGAAGUGUACAAUAUCCUGCAGACUUGGAUCUUUUCUAUGACGCUAGCUUCCAAGCAAAGGGCACUUGUAAUAUGGAGUCAUCUAGAAUUGGAACCCCUGGGACUUGAAAACUUGACAUUGGACAAGUAAUUUCCUCUGCUUGGUCCUCAAUCUCUUCAAUGGAAAAAAGAUGACAGGGGGUGGGGUGGUGCUGCUAGAUUUCUGAUACUGUCCACAUCUCUACUGCUCAGUACUAUUUUUGAGACUGUGAGGCCGGUCUUGUAACCCCAACUGUGCAGAAGAGGAAAUGGAAGCUCUGAGGGAUGAAGGAAUUGCCCAAGAUCACAGGGCUCAAGGAGAGGUACCAAUCUCAGGUGCAUUCCAGAGGCCUCUCACUUCAGACACAUGUGAGGUGCAUGGGAAGCACAUGCAUCUCCCGUUUGCACACUGCUUUACCCACUUACUAACCACUUUCAUGCACAGGCCAUGCCAUCUUCUCACAGCUGUCUUAAGAGCUGGGCCAGGCAGGGCUGGGCACAUGCUCUUGCCCCUAUCACUCACGUGAGGAAACUGAGACCCAGAGAGAUGGUGUGACUGAGAACUCAGACCCAUAAGACCUCAGAGCUGGGUCCAAUCCUGUGCUAUGAGAGAUAGGAACUUUAGGGACCAGAAAGGGAAAAGACAGGGCUGAGGUCACUUGUGCAGGCAGUGGCAGAGCUGGGUCAGAGACCUCAGGCAAGUCGCUUCCCUUCUCUGAAUCUAUUUUGUCAUGUGUGCAGUGAGGAACAGUAACUCCCGCAGAGUAUCAGUGAGGAUGGAAUGAGAUAGUGCACCAAAAGCACUGGGCCCAGCACCUGAAGAUGAUGGUGACAAAGGCAAGGAGGAGGAGCAGACUGGUUGCCCAGGAAAUUGCCAAAUCUUAUGUGUCAGGAGGCUGAGUGGUCAGUGGCAGGCCUUAAAAGCCUACGGUGAACCUCAGGGGCAGGGAGGCCGUGAGGGGUGGAGUUCUGGCAAAAUGAAGGGAGAUGGGGAGCCGUAUAGGUUGCCUGGGUGGUCAGGAGGGUGGAUGUCUGCAGAGAGGAGUGAGGUGGGGGUGUCACCCCACAACACUGUGAGUCCCUCGAAGGCAGUGGAAGCAGACUGCAGUGGGAAGAGCACACAUUUGGCCUCAAAGCAUCCUGGGCUCGAGUCCCAGCACUGCCACUUCCUGGCUGUGGGACAUAGGGCAAGUGCCUUCCCUCUCAGAACCUCAGUGUCCUCAUCCAUGGAAUGGGCCUGAUCAUCACCUCCCAUCAGGGCUGUCUGAAUGUCAUCAAGGCCAUACGAGUAAUUGCAUGCGAAUAUUCAGAACAGCUUUAUACAUAAUCCUCAGUAACUGGAAACAAGUGAAUCGGUGAAUGCUUGUCCAUCAACAAGUGUCCCAGGAGUCAGAGGGCACAGGCCUGGGCUGGGGAGAAAGCUGCGGGAGCUGCCAAGGUGCACGCACACCUCAGCCACGGCCCCAGCGCAUAGUAGGGCCUCAGAAAACACUUGCUGGGACCUGUUGUGGGCCUUUGUGGUGGGGGAGCCCAUGGAAGGGCUGAGGUUGGGGCGGGAGGGAGGCCUGCCUUGGUCUUAUGUUUGCCCUGUGGGUGAGGAAGUCGGCCACCUCCAAGGUGACCAUCCACAGCGUCUGGGGGACCCAGGGUCUGUCUGCGAUCUCCAGGGCCCUCCUUCCUCCCUGCUCCUGAGGCUGCCUCUCUGCUCUCUUCCUCCUUCCCCACCCUGCUCUCAGCACUGUCUCUGAAGACUGUGGGGGAGAAGGGCCCAGGUGAAGACAACCAUGGGGAAGGGGGUGGAAAGGGAGAGUGCUGCAAGCCUG